AUGGGUUCGAUGGCGAUAUCGCGGAGCGCCGUCCGAUGGUCCGUCGCGCCGCUGCUAGCUCCAUCGCGAUCGAGCCUCGCUUCCUCGUGCACAUCGCGAUCGUGUAUUGUUCCGUUCGCGGCACCGCUAUCAGCACGUCUCGAUACAAGCCAAUGGCGGUUGGCUUUCCAGUUCCUAGGAGAUCCCAUCGGGGCCAGUUCGUUCGUGUCUCCUGUACAACUUAACGCGGCGCAGCAGAUUACCCUCGCCCCCAGCAGCCAGAGAAACGCACACGUUCCCCCCAAAAUAGAGGCAGCUGGAUGGACCCGGAAAGGAGGCAAGUCGGCAGGAGGCAGCGGCGGCAAGACAGCCAAGCCCAAGGCAAAGUCAUGGAAAGAACGGCACGAAAAGUUUGUGAAGCCGUUUAUCCUAGAUGUGUACAUUUCCAAGCGUUACGGGCGGUACAAGCAGCGUGUGCUGAACUUCGCGCGUCCGGGCGGUCCGACUCAGCCGGCACCGUCUGUGGAGACGCGACCCGUGGCCCCCGAACCUGCGGCUAAGGUUUUCGAGGACCCCAAAGGCAAGCAGUUGUCGGUUGAAGAGCUUCAGCUGAAGUGCAAGGAGCAGUGGCAGCGGUACUUUCCAUGGCUCUUCAUCUCCGAAACCAAGGAUGGCCGACCCUGCAUGCGCUGCAGCAUCUGCAUGGUGUUCGCCGACCCCCACUCUAAGUACGGGCGCUACGGUGUUGGUGGCAUCGACAUUCAGAAGCAGACGAUGCGCAAGCAUCAUCACAGCCGGAAGCAUGAGGCGGCGGUCCGGGAGAAGGAACAACGCGACGGCGCGAAGAAAGGACAGAAGUCUAUCGUUGACUUCCACCAAGGGGACGAGGAUGUCAAGCGCCUUGCACGUUUGAUGUCUAUUGUCUUAUUCAUUUGCAAGUCUGACGCGCCCAUUGUGCUCUUUGUGUCACUCGUCCAGUUCAUGGCUGAGCAGGGGACUCCGGAUAUGCCCCUUAAGGAGAACGGGACAUAUUACAGCGAGGAGGCCUUGGCGGCCAAAGAUGCCGCGAUCAAACACCCGGACCUCAACAUCGUGGACAAGGUGGUUCGCUCCGUUGCCGAAAAUCUUGGUCGGUCUUCGGUCGUCCACUCACGUUUUCUUGAGCUGCAGGAGGUCAUCUGCGAGACCAACCUCGAAGUUCAAGGGAUCAAGGACGUUCGAUGGUUGUCUCGCGGUCAAGCCAUCGGCCGCUUGGUGAACGUGUUUCCGGCGGCAGUGUUUGUCUUGCACGAGUUCGACAAGAAGAUGUACAAGGUCAUCACUAGCUACAAGUUUCAGUUCAUGCUGUUUCUCCUUGCGGAUGUGCUGAAGGAGCUCAACAAUCUGAGCUUGAAGUUCCAGCGCCGCCAGGUUGACGCGACCCAUGUGCUGCCGAUGGUUCACAACACUACCUUGCUGCUGCGCACUCGUUACCUCGACAUCGACGACGACUCUUUCGGCCAGGGCGGAGAUGCUUUGGGCCCCUUUCUCAAGAAGCACGCGUCCCGGGAAUCUCGGGAGGUGAAGGUGGCUGGCAAGGCGGCCGACGGUACAUCAAGCGACCUCACCUACACACUCCACGAGGACCCCAUCAAGGGGCAGAAGGGUGGUGUGGAUCAUGGUGCGUGUUUGGAGUUGGCGCGCGCGUUCGUGACAACGUUGAUCGGCCGGCUGGAUUACCGACUCAAGGACCUCGCCAACCUUGACGGGGCGAAGCUGUUCAAGCAAGGGUCAUAUCCCAAGAACCAGGCGAAGCGCGAGAGGAAACUUGGGCAGUGGCUGCAGUCUCUGCGCAACAUGUUUAAGAAGAAGCCUGAAGACCCUGACACCCUACCCGGUACGUAA